GAGCAAAGGAUACUCCAAUAUGUGGCUCUGGAAGUAAGAAUUGUACAGGAUAUGCCUAUGAGAACAUGAUUGAUGAGGAGAUCCAGGUGAAUUUGAAGAGUGAGGUGGGUUCGACGUGCAAUUGCUUGCAAGCGUGCACAUCAAUUGAAUACGACGCUGAGACCUCGCAGGCGACUUAUGAUUGGGAGAAGCAAAUGAUGGCCUACCAAGAAAACAUGUCCGAUCCAGACCUUCUCAAUUCAGUUUUUUCGCGAUUGACAAUCUAUUACAAGGAUGCUCAGUUCAUAACAAGCCACCGUAGCGAGUUAUACGGGUUGGCUGAUUUUCUUGCUGGCUGUGGUGGACUCCUUGGACUAACUAGCGGUUUCAGCAUUCUAAGCCUUGUUGAAAUAAUCUAUUACUUGACAUUGAGACUUUGCAACAAUUAUUCUCAGGAGAAGGAAAAUAAGCGAAAUGAUACUGAAAAUGACAAGUCAGAUAAAGCAAAAGUGUAAAUUUCUAUUCAAAUAUAUUGUAAUCUAACACUCAAAUUGUUAUGAAGUGUAGAAAGAAAAUAAGCGUAAUGAUACUGAAAAUGAAAAGUCAAAUAAAGUGAAAGUGUAAAUUUCUAUUCAAAUAUAUUUUAGUCUAAUAUGCAAAUUGUUAUAAAUAAAUAAUGUAGAAAAAAACGUAUGAUACUGAAAAUGACAAGUCAGAUAAAGUGAAAGUGUAAAUUUCUAUCCAAAUAUAUUGUUGUCUAAUACUCAAAUUGUUAUAAAUAAAGUGUAGAAAGAAAAUAAGCGUAAUGGCUCUGAAAAUGACAAGUCAAAUGAACUGAAAGUAUAAAUUUUUAUUCUAAUAUUGUGUAGGACUGUAGGUACCGUACUCCAAUAUUCAAACUGUUAUAAAUAUAUCAUUAAAAAGUUGCAUUUUAACAGUAAACAAAUGCAAUAUUUCAAGCGAAUGUCAAUAUUUAUUCUUAGCAAGGUCUAUUUAUAGUAAGAUUUACUUGAAAACGUCAGCAUGGUUGAUAUGGUACGCAUUUUGUGAGGAAUUAUGAAAGUGGAUAUAUUGUAGGCCUAUCACCAUAAAAAUAGCUUUCUUCUUGCUUAAGUGAGUUUUUUAUUCUAUCAGAUAUAAUUAUCUAUAAAUUUUUGUAUAUUGUAACAAAAUUAAAUUAAAUUGAAUUGGAAUGACAAUUAUCUUAUUCUUAUUUUUGGGCAUAUUUUUUCAUUCAUAAAUCAAUAUUUUUUCUAUCUCAUUUGUUUUCCAGAAUAAAUUUAUCCAUUUCAUUAUGUAUAAUUAUGAAGUCCAUUUCAAAUGCUCUAUAAAUAUUUAUUGUGCAUUUUUUCCUGCGCUCAGGUUAAACCUUUGCAGGGAUUUUUCUUCUCAAUGUGUCUUGUAAAUUGUCAUAUAAGGAUUAGGUUAGACAAGUUUUGUGAAAGUGUUGUAUUUUAUACUGUAAAUUUGUUUUUUGAAGAAUAAAUGAUUUUGAUUUUGAUAAUCAUUUGAAUUACAAAUAUGAUUUUAUAUCAACAUAAUACAAUGGCUAUGGAUUUAUAGAUGGAAUAAAUAGAUUUUUCUUCCCAAAGGCCCAAUCUCUAUUAAUCGUUUUAAUAAUAAUUAUUAAUUUUUUACAUUCAACAUUUUUUACUAUUAUUAUUUCUAUGUAAUACAUAAUAAUUCAAAUUCUAAUAAGUUAAUGCUUAUAGUUUCAUUAUGUGCUAAGUUUUAUUAUAUAAAAUUAUAAAAAAUAUUAUUUUCAUUAUGUAGCAUACUAUUUAUCUACUACCUAUUGUUCUAUUUCAUUUGUAUUUCUGUGAAAUAAAAACAUAUCCUAUCAUAUACUGUACAUAAAUAUAUUCUAUUCUAUAUAUUAUAUUGAUUCUUUGAUUGUAUAAAUUUGAUUGAGC